UUAUCAUAACUAUACUGUUUACCAACAGACCAAUGGCCUGUCGAGAGUGCAUAUCCCAACCGUUCACAUUCAGACAAAACAAACAAAGCAAAACUUGCCACGGUGAUUAUUUAACCCCUUCUUCUUCCACCCUAUAUGAUCUACCAGUCUUCGAGUUGGCAGCAGGUAGACUGUUUUCGAACAGACAUUAGAGCAAACACAUCGUAGGCAGACCCAUUCAGAUGCCUCUACAGCAACCAAAAUGGGAAUUCCUCAUCUUCCUCAACAUCCUUAUAGUCCUUUCCGGCUUGAUCACAUCCAAUUCUCAACCAAUCUCAUCAAACCCCCAUCCCUCUUUCCCCUGUAAGCCGCCCUGCAACUCCUACCCAUUCUGCAACACCUCUCUUUCUGUCAGAGACAGAGCCCAAUCUCUCAUCUCCUACCUCACCCUCCCCGAGAAGAUCCAGCAGCUGACCGACAACACCACCGGGUUACCGAGGCUCGGUAUUCCCGCCUACGAGUGGUGGUCCGAGUCCAUCCACGGAAUUGCAUCCAACGGCCCUGGAGUCAUCUUCAAUGGCGGCCCAAUUCAAUCGGCCACCAUCUUCCCUCAAGUUCUCGUCACCGCGGCUGCUUUCAACAGAACUCUUUGGCGCUCGAUUGCAUCGGCCAUCGCGGUUGAGGCCAGGGCAAUGUACAAUGUUGGGCAAGCUGGGCUGACGUUUUGGGCUCCGACUGUUAAUAUCUUCAGGGACCCCAGAUGGGGGAGAGGCCAAGAGUCGCCCGGCGAAGAUCCUAUGGUUGCGGCGGCCUAUGCGAUCGAAUUUGUGAAGGGAUUUCAAGGUGGGGAUCAGAGGGUUGAAAUUGGAAAUGAGUAUGGGCUUGGGGGAAAGAGAGUGCUGGCAGAAGAUGGUGGUGGCGAUGAGCUGAUGUUGUCUGCUUGUUGCAAGCAUUUCACUGCAUAUGAUUUGGAGAAGUGGGGGAUGUACGCCAGAUAUAACUUCAAUGCUGUGAUUUCAGAGCAGGAUUUGGAGGACACAUAUCAACCACCAUUUAGGAGUUGUAUCCAACAAGGUAAAGCAAGCUGCUUGAUGUGUUCAUACAAUGCCGUCAAUGGGAUUCCUGUAUGUGCAAGCAAAGAUCUCUUGCAAAAAGCUCGAGAUGAGUGGGGAUUCAAAGGAUAUAUCACAUCUGACUGUGAUGCCGUGGCCACCAUAUAUGAAUAUCAGCAUUACUCGACCCCAGAAGAUGCAGUAGCUCUUGCUCUUAAAGCAGGAACGGAUAUUAACUGUGGAACAUAUAUGCUGCGGCACACUCAAUCAGCAAUAGAUCAGGGCAAGGUGCAAGAAGAAGACAUAGACAGAGCUCUUCUCAAUUUGUUUUCAGUUCAAAUUCGUCUUGGGCUUUUCAAUGGAGAUCCUAUCAAGAAGAAGUUUGGAAAGUUAGGACCCCAAAAUGUUUGCACUUCAGAGCACAAGAUGCUGGCACUUGACGCGGCAAGGCAGGGCAUUGUACUUCUUAAGAAUGUGAAGAAGUUUCUGCCUUUAAAGAAAAAUAAGAUUUCUUCCUUGGCUAUUAUUGGUCCCAUGGCAAACAGCACCCAGUUGGGUGGUGGUUAUACAGGAGUUCCUUGCAGUUCAAAAACCCUUCUUGAUGUAUUCCAGGACUAUGCAAAGAAAGUAUUCUACUCAGCUGGUUGCCUUGAUGGUGUAGCUUGCAAUUCCAAUGCUGGAUUUACUGAUGCUCUUUCUAUUGCUAAAAAAGCUGAUAUUGUCAUUGUUGUAGCUGGAUUAGAUUUGUCCCAAGAAACUGAAGACCUUGACAGAUACAGUCUUCUCUUGCCAGGCUAUCAGAUGGCUCUUGUCAACUCCAUUGCUUCUAAGAGUCGAAAACCUUUGGUUUUAGUUGUUGCUGGUGGGGGACCACUUGAUGUGUCAUUUGCUAAGGGCAACCCACAAAUUGCAAGUAUUCUCUGGAUUGGUUACCCUGGAGAGGCUGGUGGAAAGGCACUUGCAGAAGUCAUCUUUGGAGAAUACAAUCCAGGUGGAAGACUACCAGUAACCUGGUAUCCUGAGUCAUUCACCCGUGUACCCAUGAAUGAUAUGAAUAUGCGAGCUGAUCCAUCUCGAGGAUAUCCAGGCAGAUCUUAUCGAUUUUACAAUGGUGACACAAUAUAUGGAUUUGGACAUGGCUUAAGCUAUAUAAGCUUCACUUAUAAACUCUUAUCUGCCCCAGACAAAUUGAGCUUAUCGGGUUCUGUUAAGGCUGAAUACAGAAAGGGCUUGUCCCAACGAAAAACAGAUGAGGUUAACUAUAUUCAUAAAGAUCAGCUGGAAUGUUGUGAUUCAUUGACAUUCUACAUGCAUGUCUCUGUGAUGAAUAAUGGUGACAUAGACGGAAGCCAUGUUUUGAUGUUGUUUUCUAGAGUGCCCAAAUUUUUUAAAGGUGCUCCAGAAAGACAACUAAUUGGAUUUGAUCGCAUCCAUACUAUUUCUAACUGGUCCACUGAAGCAAGCAUCAAAGUAGAUCCCUGUGAACAUCUUACCAUUGCCAACGAGCAAGGAAAAAGAAUAUUGCCACUGGGUGAUCACACUCUUAUGUUGUUGGACCUAGAGCAUAUUGUUUCAAUUGAGAUAUAAUAAAGCUCAUUUGAAAUCAAUUAUUGAUCAAAGUUUGUAAUUCAACAUUGUUUCUGUUAUUGGAAGAUAUACAUGUUAUUCAGGGAAAAAAAGAAACCUGAAUAUUCUUGGUACAAUUAAUCAUACACUUAGUCAUUCUUUCUCUCGAA